AAAAAGGAAAUCCAGACAUCGGAGGCGCCUCAAAGCAAGGUUUUUUUUCAAGCGGAGGAGAGGUGAAACCGAGAGACAAAGACCGGAAACUCUGCGGAUGGGUAGAGCUCUUAUCUCUCCCGCCGCCAGUCCUCCGAAACUGAGAAGAUUCUUCUCGGUCACUCAAUCUUAUCCACGCCAAGCGCAUCAAGGAAUUGCUCACUCUCUCAGGGAAAAUGUGCGCUUUUCUGCGAGACCUGCACUUUCUUUACAGACGAGAGCUGUUCUUUCCGAUCUUCCGAACACGAGGAAGUAUCCAAGAGUCGGCGCCGAGUCGACGGGGCCAGUUCCUGCGGCGGAGCUCCUUGGGAUAGUCGAGCUUGCUGCCAAGAUCGGAGCAGGGGUUGUCAUGGAUGCUGUUAACAAGCCACGGAAUAUUAGCUAUAAAGGAGUCACAGAUUUGGUGACAGAUACAGACAAAAUGAGUGAGUCUGUCAUCUUAGAUGUUGUGAGAAAGAAUUUCAAGGACCACCUUAUUUUGGGGGAGGAAGGAGGUCUCAUUGGGGACACAGCAUCUGAUUAUCUCUGGUGCAUUGAUCCGUUAGAUGGGACGACAAAUUUUGCACAUUGCUAUCCUAGCUUUGGUGUAUCAAUAGGAGUUCUCUUCCGUGGAAGGCCAGCUGCUGCAUCUGUGGUGGAGUUUGUUGGUGGCCCCAUGUGUUGGAACACUCGUACAUUCACUGCAUCAUCAGGUGGUGGAGCAUUUUGUAAUGGUCAGAAAAUUCAUGUUAGCCAGACUGAACAGGUGGAGCGUUCACUUCUUGUAACUGGAUUUGGAUAUGAACAUGAUGACGCAUGGGCAACCAACAUGAACUUAUUCAAAUACUUUACUGACAUAAGCAGGGGGGUUCGUAGGCUUGGUGCAGCUGCUGUGGAUAUGUCGCAUGUAGCCUUAGGUAUUGUUGAAGCCUAUUGGGAGUAUCGUCUUAAACCAUGGGAUAUGGCUGCAGGUGUUCUGAUAGUUGAAGAAGCUGGUGGAACUGUCACAUGCAUGGAUGGGGGAAAGUUCUCAGUGUUUGAUCGAUCUGUUCUUGUUUCAAAUGGCAUUGUUCACGAAAAGCUUCUUGAGAAGAUUGGUCCAGCUACUGAUGAUUUGAAGGAGAAGGGUAUUGAUUUCUCCCAAUGGUUUAAGCCUGAGAGCUAUGUCACCGACAUCUGAGUCUUAACUUGGAUUUUUAUUAUAAAACAUCUUCCAGUUUGGUUUACCGUUUCUUUGUGGCCAUCUCAAUAAACAUAAACAGCAUUCUUCUGCAUUGUUUAA